AUGACGGCCACCCUCGAGAUCAGGGUGCUGCUGGCGCUGCUGCUUUUGUGCUGCGUUAAAGCCACACCCGCGACAGAGACACCUUCGGCGCUGCUUCCAUUGGAGGCACGCAAUGCUGAUAUUUCGGGCGAGGAGGAUGUCAUCUCCACGAGCUAUGUGCUGCCCAAUCAGAUCUUCAACGAGGGCAAACCCUACUAUCCACGGCACGAUCCCGUGUCGGGGCAGCUGGACUUUAGUGCCAAAAAGCAGGCCGGCAUUCAGCCCGAGAUCAACGAGGUGCUCGAUCCCAAUGAGAAGAUUGUGCUGAGUGGCGCAUCGUCGCCCAACAUACACGACUUUCUCAAUCUGCCCGUGAAGUACUCGUCCUCGAAGUUUGUCUAUCCGCUGGUCUCCAGCUCGUAUGCCAACCUGAAGUAUCAGGGCAGCAACAAGAAUUACAUAACCAACAAGAAGCCCACCUCCGUGGUGGCGCCGGUCACGCCUCCGCCGCCCAGCUACCACAGCUCGAACUACUUUACGGUGCCCACGACAAAGCUCACAGCUGCGCCACGCACCAGCACCACCCGCAGGAAGUUUGUGCCCACCAAGAAGUACAGCCCCACAUUGCCCAGCACCACCAGCAGGACACCCAACGAGCAGGAGGAGCGACGUCCCACAACGACAACAACAACGCGUCAGCCGCGUCCCACGCCCAGCAGCAGCGAUGUGGCAUUCACCACGCACCAUGCCACACCCCAGGCAGCCAUCUUUCCCACAGAACCCACAACGACCACAAAAAUGUAUACCACAUCCAGCACGAGUCCACCUGUGGUCUUCACGGAGGGUCCCACGCCACCGCCGCCCUUCAGCCCCAUACCAGGCACAGGCAUACCGAAUCUGGAUCCUGCGGAUCAACAGGAGCAGCAGCAGCAAAUGCAGCAGCAAAAGCAGCAACAACAGCAGCAGGAGCAAUAUAUGCAGCAGCAACAUUUACAGCAGCAGCAGCAGCAGCAACAUCAGCAGCAAAAGCAACAGCAACAGCAACAGCAACAUCCGCAGCAGCAGUCACAGCAACAGCAGCACCAACAUCUUCAGCAACAAAAUCAACAGCAACAUCUGCAGCAACAGCAACAUUUGCAUCAGCAACAUCUUCAGCAGCAACAGCAACAGCAACCACAGCCCCCACCCAGACCUCCAAUGACGCUCAGCGACAUUUUCAACAGCCUGGCCGAGGAAGAGUCUGCUGUGGCGCACAACUACCAACAGAAUCAAGGCUUCGAUGCACAGGGAAAUCUCAUAGAACCGAUUGCACCCUCAAAGCCAGCGCCAUUCGCCAUGCAACAGCCAGGCGGAGCACCUCAACGUCCCACGACGCCAGGCGUGCCCCCCACUGCCGUACAGAGUCAAUAUCCCAGCGAUCAGAAGGUGUUAUCGGGCAGCCAGGAGAACUAUAGCAACGAGUACGUCUCGUAUCAGGUGCAGCAGCCGAAUGUGAUGCAAUACCGACCCGUGCCGGGCCAAAUCAACAACGUUGUCAUCUCCCCCGGACAACAUUCGGCCUCCUUUGUGCUGGGCAGCCAGGUGCAGCAGGUGAGCGUGGGACAUCCCAGCGUGGAGAAGGAAACACUCUUUGCCAAGGACACGCCGGGCGUGCAGUACGGCCAAGUGAUCAGCGAGGACAUUGGCAACAUCAAGCGACCAGUGGGGCCGUACAAGGCGACAGCCCCGCAGGAGCCGACGAACUACCAGCAGAUGCCGAAUGUGCAGCAAAAUUCCAACUUCCAUCAGAAUGGAAACGCAGUUGGAACCACUCUGCCAGCUGGUUCUUACCAGGAGCCACCGCCAGAGGCGCCCAGCCCCUACCAGCAGCUGCCACUGAUCGGCUCAAAUUUGCGACCCUCGAAGAAGCCAGCGGCCCCGAAGCCCGAACACACUGCAACAUCUUACCAGCCUACUCAGGCGACUACACCACCCACACGUCCGGCGUUGCAUGGAGAUGACACCAAGGAUCUUCUCGUCUCCAGCAACAUUCGCUUCCCCGUGCUGGCCGAGGAGUCCGUGGAAGUGGCAUCUUCGGCUGUUGUGCCCGGUCCGCCCGCUGGACCCCACAUCAAUGGCCAUGCACAGCCGCUGAGCCUGCAGCAGAUACACAACUCCAAUCCCGUCGUCUUUCCCAAGGUCAAGGACGAGGAGAUGCCCGCCGCCAAUGUGCAGAUCCAGCAGCACGAAGUGGUCAACCUCAGCCAGCAGAAACAGCAAUUGAAAUUCCCUGCCCAGCAGCCUGGACAUGGCGAGCAGCCCUCUCGGGACAUGGAGCCACCGCCACGCUAUCCCAGCACUUCGUCCGGACCACAGGCUCCAUCCGCCAGCGGCAAUCGUCCUCCGUUCUACAAUGAAUUCAACCGCAAGCCACAGGCUGGCCCACGGCCCAACAACUUGCCCAACAUUCUGCCCCAGUUCCGACCCAAUGCGAAGAUCUCCAACGGUCAUCCGCCGCCGCUGAAGCAGGAGGCCGGCAACAUCCGCCUGCCCACGCAGGGCAUGAAGCGUCCCUACAAUCCCUCUGCGCCGCCCCAUUUCGCCCACCGUCGCCAGCCCCUGCAGCAGCAGCAGCACCAGCAGCAGCAGCAGCAGAUGCUGCAGAAGCGAUAUCCCAUGAACCGCAUCUCCGAGUAUCCAGUGGGACCACAGGGCGUCGGCGGAGAUAUGAACAGACGCGUCUACCGCCUGCCACCCUACGGGGGCCAGAACAUGCCCUACCACCCGGAUCACAUGUACGCCCGUCGUCCCAAUGCUGCAGGUCCCGCCAAUGGACCGCAGCGAUCUGUCGAUGGCUAUCCGGCAGAGCGACAUGCCCCUUCAGCAGGCUCCGAGCACUACCAGAGCAUCAAUGCGGAGCCGACGGCAGACUUCGAGGAGGAGGAUUUGGUCAUCAACGAUCCGCCACAGCCGGUGACACCCAGCAAGGAUCGCAUGGGCGUGGAGGAGACCAAACUGGAGCCCGUUGUUACCCUGCAGAUGCUGCAGUCCCAGAAGAAAGCGGUGAGCCUGCCCGGUGACGAUACUGGAGCUGGAGAGAUUCAAGUCACGGCCGACAAUGAUCCGCAGGAGGCGGAGGCCUCAAAGCUCAGUCAGCAGACAUUGGAUCCCAGUGGCAUGUACGUGGUGUUCCCCUUGAAGGGCUCAGAGAAGCAGCAAAUCGAAGGGGAGGCACCUUCUGCGCCAGCGGAGUACCAGAACACUCCAUUCUCGGUGAUUCGUGACCAGCCCCAGGAGCCGAUCCUAAAGAACAAGAAGCCGCAGUCGCUGCAGCAGCAGAACAAGGCCCACCAGCUGCCCAAGGAGAAGUUUCCGUAUCCAAUUGAGAAGCCCGAUCCAUCGUACUCCGAGCUCCACUCGAAUCCCGAUUCGCAGGCCCACGUGCCAGGCGUACUCAUUGCUCCCCGCAUUAUCCACGGAGCCUUUGGCACCGGAACUGAAACUCCCAUUGCCAUUGCAUACACGCCCACAGAGCCCAGCACCUUCAGGCGUACAUCAGCUCUUGUCGAGCAGGACCAGAAGUUCUCCAACAUGAACCUGGCCACGCCCGUGAUUGGGGAGAUACGCCAGGACACCCAGACGGAGGAGGGACUCAGCAGCGACUUUGAUCUGCGUGGCCAGAACUACGAGAAGAACUUCAUGGCACCAUUCUAUCCCAGCGUAAGUCUGGGCGAGGGUGGAGCCAGUGGUGCGGCUGCAGUCAAUCCCACACUCAACAACUGGAACAUUGUGCCCUCCACCACGGAGCAGUCGAUCUACGAGAAGAACAACAUCAACCGAGCCGAUGUGGAGCCAGCUGAGGAGACCAAGCGAAAGGAGUCUCCCGCAGCCAGCGCACUGACAGCGGAGAAGAAUCCCGAGCUUGACAGCUUCCAGCCGCAGCUGCAGGGCGGAUUCAAGCCCAUAUAUCCCCCUGGCUACCAGCACGUGGAGCAGGUCGAGCAUGAAGCUGCCAAGAACAGAGACCAAGACCAGCCACAGGCAUUGCCUCUGGUAGCGGUCACCACGAGCACAGCGAAACCAGCGACGGCAGCCGCCAUUAGCAGCAGUUCAUCCUCCACAACCACAACCACAACCAGCACGACGUCCACCACCAACCAACCCGGAACAACGAAGGCCGCGGCCACAACAACCACCCAGGCGCCCGCAGGAAGCGUAAAUCCCACGCAGCGCAAGAAGUCCACGUUUGAGACCAGCCUGGCGGCGCUCCUGUUCGGGGAGGAGGACGAGGAGGAUGGGGCUCGCAAGUCCGCGGAGCUGCCAAAAGCCCAGGCCGGACCACGGAAUGUGCCUCGCAUGGGACCACGAAGUCUGACGCUCAGCUAAGUCGAGGAGUUCCGAGCAGUUAGUUUAGUCCAAUUUUAGUUUGUAUUAUUUAUUCAAAGUUCUUGCAAGCAGGGAAUCUGCUCAGAAGUAAUAGACGAUGUGGUAAUCUAGUUCUUGUUCUACAGCUUAUUCUUAGUCGUUAGCCCAUACACAUACACAUUCACCCCGCUAGAGCAUAUAAAGCCACCAACGAUACAUUAGAUUCCAUCUACCUAACGACCUUACGACCUUUUGCGAGUCUGAUUUGAAUUUAUGUACGUGGAAAACAUUCCCAUUGGACUCCCGAAUCGUCGGAAAUGAGAUCAAAGAUUCUUGUAUUAUUCCACUCAACACAAACCUUAAAUAGUACUCACAAUUUUCAAGAUUAUUAUUUGUACUGUACCAUAGAAAU